GAGUUACCUCAGCGAGCGCCGGGGCUGCCUCAGAAGCGGCGAGGAGCCAUGGCGGGAGGAAGCGUGCUGCUCUUCGCCGUGGCGUUCCUUUCCUUCCGGGGCCUGAGGGCGGAAGAGGGCCCGGAGGAGGCCGAAGCGCCUCGCUACCUCUCGGAAGCCGAGCUGGAGGCCUCCCUGCGGCGCCUGGCGGAGGAGGAGUCUCCCCCGGGCCUGGCGCGGCUCUUCUCCAUCGGGCGCUCCUCCGAGGGCCGCGAGCUGUGGGUGCUCCGCCUCAGCGAGGGCCUCCCCGAAGGCGACCCCGAGGGCGGGCCCCCCAAGGCGGGCAGGCCGCAGGUCAAGCUGGUGGCCAACAUGCACGGCGACGAGGCCCUCGGCCGCGCCCUCCUGCCCCGCCUGGCCCGCCACUUGCUCCGCGGGUGGAAGGAGGGCCUCCCGCGCGCCCGCCGCCUCCUCGCCGGCACGGACCUCUUCCUCCUGCCCAGCCUCAACCCCGACGGCUUCGCCCGCGCCUCCCCAGGACACUGCGAGGACCAGGCCGGGCGAGGGAGGGACAACGCCCGCGGGAAGGACCUCAACCGCGCCUUCCCCGACCAGUUCGCCACCGACGAGGAGCGCCUCCAGCAGCAGCGGGGACUCCAGGACGUCCCCGAAGUGCGCGCCCUCCUCCAGUGGAUGCAGAGGAACCGGUUUGUGCUUUCUGGGAACUUCCACGGGGGCACGGUCGUUGCCAGCUACCCCUUUGAUGACUCCGCUCUGCACAAGGUGUCCGGCGUGUAUAGCAAAUCGGCCGACGACGAGGUUUUUAAAUAUUUGGCCAAAGCGUAUGCGUCCAACCACCCAAUCAUGAAGACCGGGACCCCAGACUGCCCUGGAGAGGAGGAGGAAACUUUCAAGGAUGGCAUCACCAAUGGCGCUCAGUGGUAUGAUGUUCAAGGAGGCAUGCAGGACUAUAACUACCUUUGGGCCAACUGCUUUGAGGUCACCUUUGAGCUUUCCUGCUGCAAAUACCCACCAGCUUCCCAGCUUGAGCAAGAAUGGAAGAACAAUGAGGAAUCCCUCCUCACCUUUAUUGAAAAAGUCCACAUGGGAACCAAAGGCUUUGUGCGGGAUGCUGUCACUGGCGCCGGCUUGGAAAACGCCACCAUCGUGGUUGCCGGGAUCGCUCACAACGUCACCUCUGGGCAGUUUGGGGACUAUUUCCGCCUGCUGGUGCCUGGGAUCUACAACAUCACAGCGGUCGUCCCGGGUUACGCACCACUCACCAAAAGGGAUGUGGAAGUGAUGGAAGGGAACGCCACCGCUGUGGACUUCUCCUUGCAGCCCAUGGUGGUCCUGCCACCCUCAGAGCCCACCCAGGCUGCUCUCGUCACGGCCACAGAGGCCGCCGUCAAUGCCACAAACGCCACAGAGCUCGAGAUCCCCACCCCUCCCCACCAGCUGAUCCAGCCGGAAGAUUUCCGGCACCACCAUUUCCCAGACAUGGGCAUCUUCCUGAGGAAAUACGCCACUGAAUACCCAAAUAUUGCCCGCCUCUACUCCGUGGGCAAGUCGGUGGAGCAGAGGGAGCUCUACGCCAUGGAGAUAUCAGACAACCCGGGCGUCCACGAACCAGGGGAGCCCGAGUUCAAGUACGUGGGGAACAUGCACGGCAACGAAGUGGUGGGCCGAGAGCUGCUCCUCAACCUCAUCGAGUUCCUCUGCAGGAACUACGGGACGGACCCCGAAGUCACCGACUUGGUCCAAAAGACCCGCAUCCACAUCAUGCCCUCCAUGAACCCCGAUGGCUACGAGAAAGCCCACGAAGGAGACGCCUCAGGGGUCGUGGGCCGAAACAACAGCAACAACUAUGAUCUGAACCGCAACUUCCCCGAUCAGUUUGUCAACAUCACGGACCCCCUGCAGCCCGAGACCAUUGCUGUCAUGAGCUGGCUGAAGAGCUAUCCCUUUGUGCUGUCUGCAAACUUGCAUGGAGGCUCCUUGGUUGUCAACUAUCCCUAUGACGACGACCGGCAAGGAGUUGCCACGUACAGUCGCUCUCCGGAUGAUGCCGUCUUUCAACAAAUAGCUCUUUCUUAUGCCAAGGAGAACGUACAGAUGUCCCAGGGCCACCCAUGUGAAGAUAUGCUUCCCGAGGAGUACUUUCCCCAUGGCAUCACCAACGGAGCCCAUUGGUAUAAUGUGCCAGGUGGCAUGCAGGACUGGAACUACCUCAACACCAAUUGCUUUGAAGUGACCAUUGAGCUGGGCUGCGUCAAGUACCCGAGGGCCAAGGACCUGCCGCUCUAUUGGGAGCAGAACCGCCGGUCCCUGCUGCAGUUCAUCAAACAGGUUCACACCGGCGUGAGAGGCUUUGUGUUGGAUGCCUCAGAUGGACGGGGCAUCCUCAACGCCACCAUCAGCAUCACCGGCAUCGACCACCAUGUCGUCACCUACAAGAGCGGGGACUUUUGGCGCCUCCUGACCCAGGGCAUCUACAGGAUCACGGCCUCGGCCAGAGGGUAUAAUUCUGAAACCAAGACGGUGAAGGUUGGGGAUAAAUCCGCCACACAGGUGAACUUUACUCUGAGCCCCAAAGACUCCAAGGCAGAGGAGGGAAAGGCACCAGAUUUGAAUGUGGCCGAUGCCAUGGACGAUGUCCGGAAAGAGUUUGAGACCCUGAUCAAGGACCUCUCAGCCGAGGACGGCUUGGAGCGCCUGCUGCUCUCCUCCUCGGCCGAUGUCCAGCCCUCGCGAUUCCGCCUCUACGAUGACCGCUCCAUGUUCCUCCGGGGCCUCAACCUAAACUAUCCACACAUCACCAAUCUCUCCAGCUUGGGCCAGAGCCGUGAAUACCGCUACAUUUCCUCCCUGGAGAUCUCCGACCGGCCCAACCGCUCGGAGCCAGAGGAGCCCAAGAUCCGCUUUGUAGCCGGCCUCCACGGCAACGCCCCGGUGGGCACUGAGCUGCUCUUGGCCCUGGCCGAGUUCCUCUGCAUGAACUACAAGAAGAAUGCCGCCAUCACAAAGCUGAUUGACAACACCCGGAUUGUGAUUGUGCCCUCCCUGAACCCCGACGGGCGAGAGGUUGCCCGGGAAGGAGACUGCACCUCCAAGAUGGGACUGGCCAACGCCAACGGCAAAGACCUGGAUACGGAUUUCACAAGCAACUCUUCUGCGGCCCGAGAGCCGGAAACCAAAGCCAUCAUGGAGAACUUGAUCCUGAAGGGGGAUUUCAGCCUCUCGGUCGCUUUGGACGGCGGCUCACUGCUUGCCACGUACCCUUACGACAAACCUGUGCAGACAGUGGAAUACAAGGAGACUUUGCGGCACUUGGCUUCAGUGUAUGCCAACAACCAUCCCACGAUGCAUCUGGGCCAGCCGGGCUGCCCCAACAAAUCAGACGAAAAUAUUCCUGGUGGGGUGUUGUUAGGGGCUGAAUGGUACAGUCACCUGGGCAGCAUGAAGGAUUUCAGCCUUUCCUAUGGACAUUGCCCAGAGAUUACUGUUUACACCGGUUGUUGCUACUUCCCCAGCGCUGGGCAGCUCCAUGCUCUUUGGGCAGAGAACAAGAAGUCUCUUCUUAGCAUGCUGGUCGAGGUUCACAAAGGAGUCUAUGGCUAUGUCCAGGACAGGCACGGCCGGCCGGUGUCCAAAGCGCAAAUCGUGCUCAACGAGGGAGUGACGGUUUUGACUAAGGAAGGGGGCUAUUUCCAUGUGCUGCUAGCUCCAGGGUACCACAAGAUCCACGCCAUGGCCGAAGGGUAUCAGCGGCAGCAGGUCCAGGUCUUGGUCCGUCCCGACGUGCCCAGCUUCCUGCACAUCCAGUUUGCCAUCGACAACAAGAUUUUGGGGCUCCCCAGGGAAUUGGUGGUCACCGUGGCAGGUGCCACGAUGACGGCCCUGGUGCUGACGGCCUGCAUCAUCUGGUGCGUCUGCUCCAUCAAGUCCAACCGUCACAAGGACGGCUUCCACCGGCUGCGGCAGCACCAGGACGACUACGAGGACGAGAUCCGCCUGAUGUCGGCGGGCUCCAAGAAGUCCCUGCUGAGCCAUGAGUUCCAGGACGAGACAGACACCGAAGAGGAGACACUCUACUCCAGCAAGCACUGACCCCGGGGUUGGUCCCGGGCCCUGGCCGCUUGCAACUGGGAAGGCUCUGGGAUGGCUGACGAGGUUGCCUCCGACACAGACAUGUCUCUUCCUUCAGCAACGUUUGCACGAACCCCUCUUGCUGUGAUUGGGGGAGAAAGGACACUACAGGGCCUGUCUUUCCCAAAUUCCGUUUUGGUCUCCAGUGUGUUUUGGUUGCAGGGACGGCCAUCUUGGCUCCUGUCCCUUCUUCCGCUCAGAAGGAUUCCUUUUGGGUCCUUUCUGGGAGACACUGACUGUUACCUGAUCAAAACAAACAGAGCUAUUUCUCGUCAUGCCUCCGAAAAUGACACACAACACGGACCUUGUUGGAGGCGACCUCCCUGGCGCCAUUUUGGAGGAUGCAGAGUUUCGACUCCCUCCCUUUUGGAGCUGGAAAGAAUAAUGUUUCACAAUAAUAAUGUCUCCAAAGAGCCAGGUACUGAAUUCCCCGGUUUGGUGCCAAAGGGUUUGGUUUUGACGCUCCGUAACCUUUGAACCUUUGGAGGGGAGGAAAUAAGUACUUACACUACUUCAAUCCCAGAAAAUAAAACCAACCUACCGCUUUAGUUGGGGGAUUCUGGGAGUUAUUCCUCCCCCAAAAGGAUUAGAAAAUCCCUUUCUUUUUUCCAGAAUUAUGUUUUCUUUCUCGCAGUCCUCUUCUCCUGAGACUAGAUUUGGUGAUGACUGACUUGUCUUAAGAUUCCCGCUCAUGAAGGAUGGAGACCAAGCCGCUGCCCAAGAAUGAUGGGGUGAUGUGUUAGUAGGCCUCAGUAUGAGGCCUCAGUGGGAGAAAGGCCUCAGUGGGAGAAAGGCCUCAGUUUGAGAGAGGCCUCAGUGUGAGAGAGGCCCCUGGGUGAAAUGGAUACGACUCAGCGAAAGCUGAAGUUCUGUAAUGCAGGACGGCAGGUUUCUUAACACAUUGCAUUAUGCUGCCCAGCCUUCUUUGUUUUGGAUUGGGGAAUAUGUUGGUGAAGGGAUGGACGUUGGCUCAUUGUUGGGUCAUUGUAAGGUAAUCCAUAAGAAAGAGAUUGGGAGAGAAAGGCUGAAUGGUGGCAAAUGACAGCCUCAUGUGCAUUGAGUCGCUUUGCGCAGGAUUUCGCUGAUAUUGAACAAGAUUGGAUUUGAUGGCAGAGGAAAAGUCCCCACAAGUGUCUGUUUCAUCUUGCUAGCUUUGUUUCCCUUUGGAUUUUCUAGCAAAAGUUUACUCUUGCCUUCUGUUCAGCAAUGCAGUAGAGUCUCGCUUAUCCGACUUUUACUUAUCCAACAUUCUUCCUCAUCCAACACUCUUAUCCGACACCUCCCUUUUCCUCCAACAUUUUCCCUUCAAUUAGAGGAGCACUCCCCAACUCUCUCUCCAUUCCCAAUGCAGUAUAGAGUCUUGCUUAUCCGACCUUCGCUCAUCCGACAUUCUGUCUUAUCCAACACCCCCUUUUCCUCCAGCAUCUCCCCUUCAAUUAAAGGAGCGCUCCCCAAGUCUCUCUCCAUUCCUAAUUACAGUAGAGUCUUGCUUAUCCGACCUUCGCUCAUACGACAUUCUGUCUUAUCCGACACCCCCUUUUCCUCCAGCAUUUCCCCUUCAAUUAAAGGAGCGCUCCCCAACAAGAACAACAACCUUAUUUUUAUACCCCGCCAACCAUCUCCCCAAAAGGACUUGGGGAGGCUUACAAAGGACAAGCCCAAAAACGUUACAAUUAAAACACAAACAAUUAAAAACAUCGGAUAAAAUAUAAAAACAAUCACAAUCGUAAACAACAUCAAAACAAUAUGGCUGAGAAAAGGAACAUAGUUGAGGUUCAGGCUCAAUGAGUGCAAUACAUUCCCAAUACAGUAGAGUCGUGCUUAUGCGACCCUCACUCAUCCGACAUUCUGUCUUAUCUGACACUCUUAUCUGACGCCCCCUUUUCCUCCAGCAUUUCCCGUUCACUUAGAGGAGUGCUUCCCAACUCUCUCUCCAUUCCCAAUGCAGUAGUUUUGCUCAUCCGACAUUACGUCUUAUCCGAUGUCCAGCAUUUCCCCUUCAAUUAAAGGCGCACUCCCCAAGUUUGUCUCAAUUCCCAAUAUAGUAGAGUCUCGCUCAUCCAACCUUCGCUCAUCCGACAUUACGUCUUAUCCGAUGCCCCCCUUUUCCUCCACCAUUUCCUCUCUAAUUAAAGGAGCGCUCCCCAACUCUCUCUCCAUUCCCAAUAAGUGGAAAAGGCAAGACGAGGAGGAGGAGGGAGGAAAGUGGGGAAAGAGGCAGGACCAGAAGUGGAAGCAUCCUCCCUCCUUCCUUCUGUGAUUUCCACGCUCUUCUGCAUCCGGGCACUUCCUGCUGGGCCCUCUAGCCCUGAGGCGUUGCCUUGCCUUAAUCCUUUGAGUCUCCGUCGUUAGUAUUUUAGGUGUCUAGCACUGCGUCGGACAGGUAACAGUCAGAGACUCCCUAUUAUCCGACAUUUCGUUUAUCCGACGUUCUGCCAGCCUGUUUAUAUCGGAUAAGUGAGACUCUACUGUACUAAAUUUGCAAAAUUUUAGAAUUCGUUCUCUCGGACCUUUUGCUUCCAAUGAUUGAUCUGACAUGAGAAUAACAGUUUCAGUUCCUCCCCACUGAAUCUUUUCUAUCUUGCUCUUAACUUGCUUUCAAGGAGCUUUUUCUUCGUCCUGAUCCCAAGCAGCCCUUCUCUUCUGGGAAGCGUUUGCCAGAGAUGUCUAUUUUUGUAAAGGGAACCAGGCCUGGCAUAAAAGCCUUCUCACCGACGGCCGUCUUUCUUUUCGUUUAUGUUGGGGUCCGUGCCUUUUCCGAAGCAAACGCCUCGUUUUGUGGCUCUCUUUCUGCCCAAGCCGAGUGCAUUUGGCAUGUGUGCGCGCGUGGGUGUGUUUUUUUAACAUGUACACUGAGCUCUAAUCUGUAUAAAGCUAUUUUACGAGGUC